UCCAGUCUGAGUUGCAGAUAAGAUCACAUCAAGCAUUUUCAGGCUUAUAUCUUGACCACAGGGACAAGUAUUAUUUUUUAUACGGCGUAUACAGCAAAUAUAUCAAUCAUUUAGAUCUGUUUCCUCAAACAGCGCAAUCAAAUGAUAGAAGCCCGCUACUUCAAGAAGAAGAAAUAUACAAUCCUAAUCAACGAGGAUGUCGGUGUCCUCGGCCUCGCGUGUUUAUUUUUUCAUCUUUUCAUCCUUCCUCUAUUCUAACUUAGCGAUACCAUGUGUGGCCGCCUCUAUGACAGGGUCUUCGGGGUUUCUUCGUAGAAGCACUAGCAGUGACACUGAACCUGAAGCAAGUAGUGAGGAGCUGGGAAUUGAAAGUCGUGGGGAGGAUCCGGCGAGAAUUGAUGCAACUUCUGAUGCGACGAGAGAUUCCGC